AUGUCAGCGGGCUAUGACCAUACUAUCCGAUUUUGGGAAGCUCUGUCCGGCAUUUGCUCGCGCACUAUACAACACCCCGACUCCCAGGUAAACCGUCUCUGCAUCACGCCGGACAAGCGAUAUCUGGCGGCUGCUGGUCACAACAAUGUGAAACUAUACGACAUCAAGUCCACGAAUCCGAAUCCUGUGAUGACAUUUGAAGGUCACACAAAUAACAUCACCGGAGUUGCAUUCCACUGCGAAGGAAAGUGGAUGGUUACUAGCUCUGAAGAUGGUACAGUAAAAGUCUGGGACACAAGGACAGGGAGCCUCCAGCGCAACUACGCACACAAAGCCCCGGUGAAUGACGUCGUCAUACAUCCAAACCAGGGGGAGCUUAUCAGCGGUGAUCGUGCUGGUAUUGUCCGGGUCUGGGAUCUUGGAGAGAGUGUCUGCACUCAUCAAUUGAUUCCAGAGGAUGAUGUUGCUGUACACAGCGUCAGUGUUGCCAGCGAUGGGUCUCUACUUUGUGCAGGAAACAAGAAGGGAAAUGUGUACAUCUGGCGCAUGAUCCAAGAAGCCGAAGUGACUCGCAUCGUUCCAAUUUGCACCUUUCAAGCCCACAAGGACUACCUUACCCGUGUCCUUCUUUCGCCUGAUGUUAAGCAUCUAGCAACCUGCUCCGCUGACCAUACUGCUAAAGUAUGGAACCUCGACCUAGAUUAUCCUCCAGCGAAAAUGGCUAUUGCGGCCGCUGCCCGAACGAAAGCCAAGUCACCGCCGACGGAAGUAAAACCGGCAUCUCCAUCUCCCGUGGGCUCUGAGAGCCAAAGCAGCUCUAUGCAAGUUGAGAGGGGCAAAGCCGAUAGUAUUCCAUUCCACCUGCUCAACGGGACACCGCCUGUCAAUAACGUCGAGCCGCCGCCAUCUUUUCCUGUACAGCCUGAUGGCCCCCCUAUGGACCCUAAUACCGGCACGCUGUUUCUGGAAACAACUCUGGCAAAUCAUCAAAGGUGGGUCUGGGAUUGUGCGUUCUCGGCCGAUUCUGCGUACCUAGUUACUGUGUCCAGCGACCACUAUGCGCGCCUCUGGGAGUUGGCGUCGGGUCAGAUCAUUCGUCAAUACAGUGGACAUCAUCGCGGGGCGGUGUGUGUCGCUCUAAAUGAUUACUCGGAGCCUCGUUGA